AGCGCGGUCCCCAGCCCUGUACUCGGCGGGAGGAGGCUCGGGCCCGGUGCCGCCUUCCGCUGGGAUCUGUUCCCAGUCCCAGGGACGCCAGCCCCACCCCAGUUGCCUAGGUGACGAGGGGCCGCUUCUCUCGGCCGGCCGUGAUCGCGGCGAUGUCGCAGGGGACGACUCCCUGGGGGCCGACCCCAGCAGGGCCGACCCCGGCGGGAACAACGCCCGAAUCGGAGAGAGACACUGAAUUCCAGGAGCAUGAAAAGAUUCUGUCUCCGGAUUUUCUUUCAGUUGACCAAAUCACUGAUUUGUUAACGGAGGACGUCGAUGGAGUUCAAGAAAAACUGGGAACAUUUUUGAAUUUCAAAAACCUUGAAACUUGUUUAAAGGAUGCCAUUCUACUAGAUUAUUAUGUAUCUGGAUUUUUGUGGGCUAGAGGAAUGGAUUUUUCUAUUAUUCAGUAUUCAAAAUUUAUGACUUUACUAGCUAUGUUACUUCAAAAUCUUAAAACACUACGUAUGUCCUUAGAGGACAGCAUAAAAUGGCUUGGAGAAGUUAUGGCUGAAAUAGGACCAACACAUUCACAAAAAAGUGAGGACUGGAAUAUCUUUGAUGUAAAACAAGCCAAUGCUAUCAUUGAUUACUUAAAAAUCAGCUUAUUUCAACACUACAAGCUAUACGAGUUUAUGUUCUUCUCUGCCAGGGAAGAAAUUGUGAUAGGAACUGAGGCACGUUUCUAAAGACUUCAUCCUCCUAACAUCCUGCAAGGUUUCGAAGAAAAGGAAAAAAUUACCAAGGAAUGCAAAACAAAGGAAACAAAAGAUGCAGAAAAAAAGUAUCCUAUAGAUCUGAAGAGCUCCAAAACAUCUGAAAUUCUGACGUAAGUUGGCUACAUGGUGAGGGAAGCUGGCUUCUAAGAACCCACACAGGAAAGAACUUUGGAAUAAAGGGCACUUUUCCUAUGACUUAAUCUAUUCUUUCCAUAUUUAAUGGAGUACUAUUUUAUGAAUUCUUAUUUUUGAAAAUAAAUACAUCAAUUUUCUGGCAAUUGGAACUUUGAGGUCUUCAAAUUACCUUCACUUUUAAUAUAAUGUUAACAUCUUUAACUGCCAGGAAAAGAAAAGCCUAAUAAUGACUUAGUUUUUAAAACUGGUGCAGUACCUGGAGAUCUGCAACUACAAUGAGACAAAAUUAAACAAAUUUCUGAUACUUUUAUUUAACAACCAAAAAGUAUUGCCUGUUCAGUACUAUGCUUUAUAAUAGUGGAAAAACAGAAAAGGAGUAUAAUAUGGUACCUGACAUCAGAGAAUUAUGCAAUCUAUUUGAAAAGAUAGAAUUAAAUAUUUAGGAAAUUAACAGGAAAGCUUUAGUUUAAAAAACAAGAUAGAGGUCAGGAAAGGGAGGAAUCACUUUGGAAUAUAACAGCAAAAUAAACUUUUGUUGGCAGCAUUGGGAAUUGAGGUGGGCUUUCAGAGAAGGGCAGAAUUUAGAUAGGUUAGCAAAGAAUAUUCCAGAUUUGAGAAGGUGAAAAUUAGUAACUGCACAAGCAAGGGCAUAGAGGCAAGAAUGAUUGUAAUGUUUUAACCCAAUAGCAGGGAAGAGAUGACUCAUCUUGAGAAGGGUUAUGUAUUUGAGAUUAUUGGAAAAUAGAAUCUAAUGGGUAAGGUAGAUUAUGACAAGCUCUGAAUGGAUGCUGGUCAGCGUGGUUCAGGCUGAGUACAGUAAAAACAACCUGAGGCCAUUUUCAUCCCUGACUGUGAGAGUAUUUAAUGUACUAACGGGACCUUUACUGAGUUUUAACAUAGGAAAGUUCCUCCCAAAGUGUAGUUGGAAUGAAAUCUUCCUACUUGUUUUCCAUAAAAUCAGUAUGAUUUUCCAUAAAGAGAUUAUUAUUUUUGACACGAAGCAAAGGUCAGAGUUUGGGUGUGUAUUUGUGUCCAUGAACAUUAUGAUGUGUGUAGGUGUUUUAAUUUCCAAAGUCAGGGUCAGGAGGCAGAUUAGGGCUAUGGUGUCAUGACAACCAAUCAAGCUGUUUGUUUCAGUC